UGUUGUCGCUUUCGAACCUAAUAUUCUGAUCCUGUCCAACCAGAGUACAGUUUCAAGUCAGUCAGUCACAGUCAGUCGGUGAGGAAACUCGAAUGGGUACGGUUGUUUUGUGAUUGUCAGCGGUCGAAGGCACAAGUGCAUUUUGUUUGUGUCACGCGUGUUGCCUACUGGUUGUCAUCGUUACGCGCGCGUGUUCAUAGUGUGAAACAAUAGAUUUGAUUUAGCUUUCAGUCACGAAUAGGACGCCUUGCGUAGUUUUACGUGAGACUAGGUUGAUUUGCAUAACGUGAAAAAAGACGGAAUUAUUGCACCUUGAAAGGCGUUGAUUUUUUUGUGUGUUGACUGAUGAUCGAAACAGCGGAUUUGUAGUGUUCGUGACCUUCGUGUGUUGGAGAUUGCUUUGGCGUUUAUAGCAAUCGGUCGGCGGUAUAUAAGCGCGAUAGAGAAUCGGUGUUGUGUGUGGAGCUACUAAAACGAGUUCUCGCGUGGUCAACGCGACAAGCCACCAGUGGCCAGCAAGCGAUGGAAUAUUAAUUACUCGAAUAAAUAAUAAUUCGUAAUAGUUGUCGUCGCAUGAAAAAAAAACGGGAACUCAGAGGACUUCGCGGAAUUCAUAACAUCGCUCGUGAGAUCACCACCGGGUGUUUAUCGUGAGUCUCGAUCGGGAUUGCCCACAGCCAGAGUUAAUUAAAACAAUGGAAGCGUAGCGUAGCUCAUCGUAGCAAGUGAAACUGACCGAAGACCACAGCUCGUUAAGGGAGCAAUUCAGCAACCACCGACCGGUGUGCGUGUGUGUGAGGUGAACCAGUCCGCAAAAUUAGACCACAACAACAGAAUAGCGCUUUCGCCCAGUUCCCGUCGCCCGGCAGAGUGAAGUAUGUACAGUUAAUUUUCCGGUGCUCUAAUAAAGUUUAAAUUAACUAGCUGUUUUAGCUACAAAGUCACGGUUAGAGGGAGAAAUAAAACAUUGAAAACAGCGAAAAAGCUGGUGUGAUUCGUGUGACCCGGGCCAUCAGAGAACCCGGUAUUGUUCGUUGGAUUUAGAGGGGAGGAGGAGACAGGAAGCCAGGUAAACAGCCGUCGUCUUUGUUCAGAUGGUACUGUUAUAGCCGCCUUCUUGAGAGUGUACAACGAUACAACGAACCGAACGGAUAUAUUCACCGCGAAGCCGGUUAAUGUAUGCUAAUGUCAGUGAUUGAAUUACCUUACCAGCAAAUGACAGCUGCAUCUCGCUGACGCUGUGUUCUGUUUAUGUAUGUAUCGGUGUUCGUUACGUGCGUGCAUUAAUUCCCGGAACGGGUGGGGAUCGGAUCGGAUCGGUGUAUCCUGUCGGGUGCAGGCAGACAGAACAGCGAAAACAUUGUCUUGAAGGGAAACCAGGUGCGGUAAGGUUUUGCGUCAGAGACGAGCUCUUUCGGGGAAGAACAGAACCCUGUGGAUUAUCUAUCGACUGUUUGGAAGAUCAAUUAACGAGUGUCUUCGGCGGAGUUUCAAGAUUAGCGUCCAAAGGGGUUCUACGUAUUCUCGGAUGCUCGGAUUAGUGGCAAAGAAAACCGGUGCGGCAUUUGCAGUGGAGAUAAAUUAAUGGCAAACAGGACAGCUACAUGAACAUUAAUUAAAUACACCACCCCGAUUGCAUAUAUAAUCCGACCGGCCAACCGUGAACUGACUUAGCAGCAUGCUGACACCGCUUAGAUUGUUGCAGCAACGUUACCAAUUCUGUUAAAUUAUCAUAAAAAUCACCAGUGCAUAACGUCGGUCGAGAUUUAUCAACACGUGGUGUACAGUUUCAUCCUAUAGCACCCCCGACUAACGGGGCCAAACACCGCCAUGGACACCGUACAAGUGGCACUACUACAACUACUACUGCUGCUAGUGGCGUUACUUACGCACAAUUUGGCAAACUCAUUUCCGCAGCAUUACGAUUACGUGAUAGGAGGAGCGGACUACGGUGGUGGAGCCACUGGACCUAACACUGCGGGAGCAUCUGCCGGCCGGAUCAACAACAACAACGAACAGCAGCAGUUCACUUGCCCGGAGCCGACCCCGACCAGUGAUUGCAGUUGCAUGUACGCCAGCACCGAUUUCGAGAUUCAAUGUCCCGUGAUUAAUCCGGAAAUUACGGUGAAAAUCAAACCGGGGAUGUACGCACAGAUACAGUGCUACGAGAAGCACGAUUUUAGUGAGAUGCCCAUUUUGAACGUUGGCAAUACGAGCCAGGUGAAGAUUAUACACUGUCCGCUGCCGCAGCGGAAAUCUAUCCGGCAGUUUGUUAGUUUUCUCGGCGUGACGCACGUGAAAGAUUUCUGGUAUCAGAACUAUGGGAAGGAUCUGGGGGUUCGGCUCGUACGGCAACACUUUGAAGGGAUGCAGGAUUUGGAAAAGCUUUUCCUUAGCUCCGGGAUUGAAGAUAUCCAGCCGGAUCUGUUUGCCGAUCUUCCGAAUUUGAAGUGGUUGAUACUACGCAGUAAUCAUGUUAAACUUUUACACAAUGUGUUCGAUAAUUUGACGAAUCUGCAGAUAUUGGAGUUAGGGGCAAAUCAGAUCACUGAGCUGGAGCCAGGACUGUUUAAGAAUCAAAGGAAACUGCGUCACUUGAAUCUUUGGCGCAAUCAGCUUCGUAACAUAACGAAAGAAUCGUUCCGUGGUGCUGAAACUCUUCAGGAAUUGGAUCUCUCCGUAAAUGCAAUCGAAUCGCUUAACCCGGAUGUGUUUGCUCUGCUACCGGAUUUGACAGUGCUGAAUCUUGGUUUUAAUCGGUUUACCGCUUUGCCGGAGAAUCUUCUAUCCGAUAAUCGGAAUCUCAAGGAAUUUAAGUUCAUCAACAAUCAGGCACCGCUGCAAACACUUCCGGAUAAUUUUCUCGGGAAUCUUCCGCAGUUGAAAACUGUAAUACUCAACCGGUGCAGCUUUACUCAUCUUCCUGCAUCACUGUUUCGCGGUUCUAGCGAUAUCACGCAUAUGGAUCUCAGUUACAAUCAACUCAGUUCUGUACCGAAACUGCUUUUGCGGGAUCAGCUACGUCUACAGGAUCUGAACCUUGCGUACAACGAAUUGGAGAUGCUUCCCGAUGGAUUGUUUGAGAAUACCAAGGAACUAUUGACGCUUCAGUUGUCGUACAAUCGUCUAUAUAAUCUGUCAGCAAACAUUUUUGUAUCCUUGGAGAAACUAACCGUGCUGAACAUCGACAACAACUUACUGCACGUGAUCAACCAAUUCACGUUCAGCGGAACGACCGCCCUGGAAAAAUUGUACAUGCAAAACAAUCAGCUGUCCUUCCACGAUUUCAGCUUCAUACAGGAGCAGGACAUCGUUGAUACCGAUGGUACCCCGUUCCAGUACCUCAAUAAUCUUCGCGUCCUGAAUCUGCGCAACAACAGCAUCACAACCAUCUUCCGAGAUUGGAACUACAACACGCUGGCACUACGUGACCUGGAUCUCAGCUACAAUAACAUAUCAACGCUGUCCUACCUGAGCUUACAGUUCGUAUCCCAGGAGAUUCGCGUCAAUCUUUCCCACAAUCGCAUCACCGAGAUCGAUAUGAAGGAUAUGGAACCCAUCAUAACGUCACAGCGUCAAACGGAUGACGCCAGAAUCCACGUAGACGUCAACAACAACCCACUGAACUGUAACUGUGUCAUAUUCUCGUUCGUCCAAUACCUGCUGCACGAACUGGACAAGGCCGUGUAUCGACGAAUCCAAUUUUCAGCCGACAACCUAAGUUGCAUGGAACCCAAGGAACACCGAGACACACCGGUUACCCAACUAAAAACUAAAGAUCUACUCUGUCAGCUUGAUCAACCCGGAACGGAAAUCAAACGUUGCCCGGCAAAUUGCAGUUGCUUCGUUCGUCCGGUUGAUCGCGGUGUCAUUGUCAACUGUACCCGGCGAGGACUUGUUGAGGUACCUCCAUUGCCACAACCGGCCAUGUUUGGAUUUAACUUCCUCGAGCUGCACAUUGAAGACAACAACAUCACCCGACUGCCGACGGAAAAUCUCACCGGAUACGGCAAGGUUGCGGAACUGUACGCUCAGAACAAUGGUAUUUCUGUGGUGGAACCGGACAAUCUUCCGGCCAGUUUACGCGUCCUGGAUUUGACCAAAAACAAGCUUACCAUGUUGAAUCAGUCGGUUGUGGAGGUGCUGAACAGUAGCAAGCAGUUGGUGAGCUUACAGCUUUCGGACAACCGCUGGCGCUGUGAUUGUGAUUCGACACAGUUUUUGAAUUUUGUGCAGCAAAACCACAAAAAGAUCGCCGAUAUCGGUCGGGUGACGUGCGAGGAUGGCCGGGAGUUCGAUUCGAUUACGGUGAGCGAGUUGUGCAGCGAAAAUACGGUCACUAUCAUCACCGUCAGUAUUGUGCUGUCGAUCGUGGGUCUGUUGAUCGGUUUGUUUACGGUGCUGUACUUUUCCUACCAAAUGGAGGUUAAGGUGUGGCUGUUCACCCACAAUAUAUGCCUGUGGCUUGUGUCGGAAGAGGAACUGGACAAGGACAAACUGUACGAUGCGUUUAUUUCCUACUCGCACAAGGACGAGGAAUUUAUUACGGAACAUCUGGUGCCAACGUUGGAGAAGGAACCAAUGAAUUUCAAGACCUGCUGGCAUGUUCGCGAUUGGAUGCCGGGCGAGUUGAUUCCAACACAGAUCACAAAAUCGGUGGACGACUCACGCCGAACAAUCGUCGUACUAUCGACCAACUUCCUGGAAUCGGGCUGGGGCCGGAUGGAGUUCCGCACGGCACACCUCAACUCGAUGGCCGAAAACCGCGUCCGGGUGAUCGUGAUCAUCUACGGUGACAUCGGCGAUAUUGAACAGCUGGACUCCGAACUGAAAGCCUACCUGAAAAUGAACACCUACGUCAAGUGGGGCGAUCCAUGGUUUUGGGACAAACUGCGCUACGCUAUGCCGCAUCCACCGACCGUGCGAGGUCUGAACAAGAAAGGUCUAAUCAAGAAUCACAUCAAGAGUUCCGUCGACGACAAACUGGAACUGAUAAAACCCGUCCCGGUUACUCCUCCUCCGAUGACUACCCCGCCGGCAGAAAUGAACGGAAACAUUACCCCGCCCUUCACCAUCUCCAAUGGGAAGGUGAUGAAUGGAAAUGGAUACCACGGCAAUGGACACAUUAUGAAUGGGCAUGUUGCCAAUGGUCACGUGAACGGUGCCUUCAUGAUAAACAGCAAUGCCAAACAAAGUGACGUAGACAUAUUGGACGAUACUGGAGAGAAAACUGAAGAUGAAGGAGCAGUUACCAGUGAUAUUGGUCGGAAGAAGAAUUUGUGGAAUAAGCUUGCAAAGACCGUGGCUGAGGAAGCCUCUCUGUCUACACUCCAAGCUCACACAGUUCAGCCAACCCAGAACGGAGAAAGAUCCAGCAGUAGACCUGAAAUGGCACUGCUAUUUAAAAUGGUGUUACUGACACACAUUCUAGGAAGCUCAUCAGCGCAGUUUUUCGGUUUCGACUUGGGGUUCACGAUACCGCAAGAUUUCGGGUUCACAAUACCGCGAGAAGCUCAGCAGCAUUACGAUUACGUGAUAGAAGCGUACUAUUGCGACGAAGAAGUAUCCACACCAAGCUCGAGCGAUUCCGACUGCGGCACUAACAGGAACGAGCAGUGGUUCACUUGUCUGGAGUCAAAUCUCACCAGUGGUUGUAGUUGCAUGUACGCCAGUACCAAUUACGAGAGUCUAUACAGCGUAAUCAAUCCGGAAAUUACGGUGAAAAUACCAGGAAUCUUCGCACAGAUACAGUGCUACGAGAAACCUGGGUCCACGCCCCAGGUGAAGAUUAUACCCUGUCCAGUUACCAGCUAUUUUGGAAUGGAACAUAUCAAAACGUUCUGGUUACAGAACUACGGCAAAGAUCUUAGGUUUCUGUUGUUUCAGCAACAUUUCGAGAAUAUGCCGGAUAUUUUGAGUUUGCCCAGUCCGGAGAUGGCAGAUGUUUCGUAUAUCAGAUGGUUGGUUCUACGUAGCAACACUAAUGAUUUGGGCAGGGUACUUUCUAAUUUUAAUAGUUUGAUUAAACUGGACCUUGCAGACAACCAGAUCACUGAGCUGAAGCCAGGUUUGUUCAAGGAUCAAAGACAGUUGCUUUACUUGAAUUUGAAGCGCAAUCAGCUUCAUAGCAUAACCAAAGACACGUUCCGUGGGGUUGAAACUCUUGAAGAACUAGACAUCUCCGAUAAUGUUUUCGAAUCGCUCAACACGGAUGUGUUCACCCUGCUACCGGAUCUGACAGUGUUGAAUCUUGGUUUCAAUCGAUUCGCCGUCAUGCCGGAGCAACUUCUAUCCAACAACCGUAAGCUCAAGGAAUUCAGCUUGUCCAGCAAUCAAGGCCCACUGCGAACUCUUCCGGAAAACUUUCUAGGCAAUCUUACCCAGUUGAAAACUGUAAUACUCAACCGGUGUAAUUUUGCUAACCUUCCAGCUUCACUGUUUCGCGGUUCCAGAGAUAUAAUGUAUAUGGAUCUCAGUUACAACCAGCUUAGUUCCGUGCCGAAACUGCUUCUACAAGAUCAGCUACGUUUAGAGGAUCUGAACUUGGCAUUCAACAAGCUGGAGAUACUUCCCGACGGACUGUUCGAGAACACUAAGGAACUGGUUGUGCUCCAGUUGUCCUACAACCGUCUGUGUAAUUUAUCAGCAAAUAUAUUUGAAUCGAUGGAAAAAUUAAGAGUACUAAAGAUAGACAACAACUACCUUUACGUUAUUGAUCAGUUGACGUUUAGCAGGACAAGCGCCCUGGAAGAACUGUCCAUGCAAAACAAUCAGCUGUCCUUUCACGAUUCAAUCUUGAUCAUCCAGGAAGAGGUAAACAUUACCGACAACGGAAGCCCGUUCCAGAACCUCAUUAAUCUUCGCAUUAUAAGCCUGAGCAACAACAACAUCACAACAAUAUUUCGUGACUGGAACAGCCAAACCGUGAAACUACGCGAACUAGAUCUAAGCUACAAUCAAAUAUCUACCCUGUCCUAUCUAAACUUACAAUUCAUAUCCCAAGACAUCCACGUAAAUCUUUCCCACAAUCGCAUUACCAGCGUCGACCUGAACAAUAAAACUAAUGAUGAUGUCAGGAUCCUGGUCGACAUCAACGAAAACCCACUGAACUGCGACUGUAACAUCCUAUCAUUCGUCGAACAUGUACAGAACUCCAAACGCCAACCAAUUCAGUUUUCAGUUGACGAACUACGCUGUAGCGAACCCGCGGAACAUUCCAACAUUAAAAUUAAGAAUGUGCGCACCGAUAAACUCCUCUGUUCACUGGACCAUCCCGAUGCGGACAUAAAACUAUGCCCAGCCAGUUGCAGUUGCUUCACUCGCCCGCUGGAUCACGCAACUAUCGUCAACUGUAGUGGGCGAGGACUCUUCGAGGUACCGCCACUGCCCAAACCAACCCUGUUCGGGUACGAUUUCCUUGAGUUGCAUAUCGGAGACAAUAACAUCACCAGGUUACCGACCACGGAACAUCUUACCGGAUAUGAGCAAGUGGCCGAACUAUACGCUCAAAAUAACAGCAUCUGGACAUUGGAACGUGACAAUCUACCGAAUCGUUUGCGGGUCCUAGAUCUGAGACGAAACCGUCUUACCACGUUGAAUCAGUCAGCAGUGAAAAAGUUGAUCAGUUCCGAGGAGUUGAAUAGUUUGAAGCUUUCCGGCAACCCUUGGCACUGUGAUUGUGACGCCACUCAGUUUUUGAGUUUUAUUAUGUUCAACACAACAAAAGUUAAAGAUUUUGAAAACAUGACCUGCGAAGACGGUCGAAAGUUCGCUUCGAUCAUAGUAGGCGCUCUUUGCAGUGAAAGCAUCAGCUCAACCAUCACCGUUGUUAUUGUUGUUCUGUCAAUUUUCGCCAUGUUGACUGCGUUUUUCAUGAUUCUAUUUUCAAUUUACCACAUGGAGAUCAAAGUGUGGCUGUUCAAGCACAAUCUAUGUAUGUGGUUCGUAUCGGAGGAGGAACUGGACAAGGACAAGCUGUACGAUGCGUUUAUUUCCUACUCGCACAAGGAUGAGGAAUUCAUCACGGAUCACCUGGUGACGACGUUGGAAAGCGAACCAAUGAAUUUCAAGACAUGCUGGCAUGUUCGCGAUUGGAUUCCGGGGGAGUUGAUUCCGUCGCAGAUCGCCAAAUCUGUGGACGACUCGCGCCGAACGAUUGUCGUCCUAUCGACGAACUUUCUGGAGUCGGGUUGGGGUCGGAUGGAGUUUCAUACCGCACAUCUGAACUCAAUGGCUGAAAAGCGCGUUCGGGUGAUUGUCGUCAUCUAUGGCGAUAUCGGGGAUAUUGAGCGGUUGGAUUCGGAACUGAAGGCCUAUCUCAAAAUGAACACCUACAUCAAGUGGGGCGAUCCGUGGUUUUGGGAUAAACUCCGCUACUCUAUGCCGCAUCCUCCAAGGGUGAAAGGACUGAGGGGGAAUAAAAAUGUUCAUGAGCUGCGUUAGUUCUAGAAAAA